AUGAACACAGUCAAAUCGUUCUGGAUGGGAUGGGGUUCCCUCUGCCUUGCUGGUGGGGGAGCGUAUUACUUUGCGAAGAAAAGUAUCAACGCAGACAGAGCUGCGCGCCUCGAAGAAGCCCGCCGAAAGAAGCAGAUGAUCGACUCUCUUGAGUAUUCGAGCAAUGUCCCCAGCAAACCGCUCUCCGCAUCGACAAUGGGUGGUUCUACGAACGGAAAUGGUACGCCACCCCGAACUGAUGCAGCCGGAUCACCAAGCCAAGAGGCAAGCCGUGACCCGGCACCAACUCGACAUGCUCCGGCUACAGAAGGACAGCAAGUCAUAGAAAAGAGCAAGUACGAGAGUAGCGCACCGUUUACGAGUCCAAAAGGCGAUCGGUUCUCUUAG